AUGGAUGAUCUUUCUGAAAAUAGUGCUCAAGAUGGCUUAGACAAGGAAACUCACGCCAAAAAAGGUCGGGGAGCGACAUGGAUGAAAGACAUACAAACAUCAGACGGAGAGAAGAAACAUGUUACAUUCAAUCGUUAUUUUCAGGCAAACGGGCCAGACCCAAAAACUAAGAGCAAGUUUAAUAGCUACAUCGCCGUUCUAGGACGAAGCAAAGUCAGCAUCUUGAUACCGGACUGGAGAAAAGUGACUGAUAGGAAUAAGGAGCAAAUUUGUCAAGCUUUAUUGGAGCAGUAUGAUGUGCCAGAUAAUGAGAAAUUGAAAAAGAAAGUGUUUUCACGUGCUGGGGAUGCUUGGAGGGGUUUCACAACUAAACUCAGUGAUUACAUAUUUGUAGAGAAGAUAGGUUUGCUCCCGUAUGACGAUGGUUACCCUUUUCUGGAUGCGGACACUUGGAAGGCUUUUGUUGCAUCCCGUCAAACUCCUGAUUUCUUGAAAAUCAGAAAAAAGGCUCAGGAGUCGCAAUCAUAUAAUCUAAGUCCGCACAUAUUAUCUCGUGGAGGCUACGAUUUUAUGAUACAGAAGAUUAUGGAUGAGAAAUAUAGGACAAGAAAAGAGGCCUCCACUGAUCCGUCCGAAAUUAUUCCACCCCCGUCUCCUCCUUCUCGUCAUGAAUUAUGGAAGAGAGCUCGUAUAACAAAGAAAGGAGAUUAUGUUUCAAAGGAAGCCAAAAUUGUUGCUGACAAAAUCAGCAGUUUCAAACCUGUUGGGAGAAACGAUAUACUCGCAACAGCGUUAGGAAAGCCGGAGCAUCCUGGACGUGUGAGGGGAGUGUGGAAAGGUGUUGGGAUCAAGGACUUCUUUGGGCCGUCGAGCUAUUCAGGUGUAGGGAAAGAUAUGGUCUCGCGAGAUGAGAUGGAAACUAUCAUCAGUCGCAGGAUUGACCAAAUGAAAGACAAAAUGAAAAAUGAAAUAAUGAUGAUGAUCGGCAAAAGCUCUUCGAUUGCCCCCAGUCCUAAUUCUCCGAGGAUCCAAAGCACUACAGAGAGUUGUGCUCCAAAUGUGUUCUCAUUGGAUGAACAUAACGAGGAUAAAGAAUGUGAGUUGUAUGUGGAGAACCCACAAAGAAUUUUGGUUGCAUACGGACGCAUCCAUAAUCUUGGGCCGACCAUUCACAACAAGAAGAUGAAUGAGGAUGAAGUUAGGGUUGUCGUGUCACGUGUAAUCGUUGGAGAUGCGCCCGUGCCAUGCCCGACAGAGGAGGUCACUACCGUAGAAGAAGCGCCAAAUAACUUCAUUACUUGGCCUCGUAGGUUGGUUAAAGGUGCAAAUGCUAAGGAUAAAUUUCAGUCGAAGCCAGUGACACCAAAACCGAUUAUCGAACCUGAAACAGAUGUCGUGACAACUUUGUGGAUGGCGUCACGUUAUAUAAAAAAUCCAAUUUGCAUAAACAUGUCGGCUGAGAUAUUUGGAGAGAAAAGAGAUUUUUACAUAUUUCAGAAGGAUAUAAUGGAGUUGUUGCAAAGUCAAAAACUUUGCAUUUCUAUCAUUGAAUUCUUCAACAUGUAUCUCUAUAAUGUGCUGAAAGAAUCCGAGAAAGAAAAAAAGUUUGAAUUUUUGUGCCCGCUCAAAAUUCAAACAAGAGGUAAUAGUAAGGAAGAGAUAGAAGGGUAUAUUGCGAGAAGAAUGGAAAAAGAAAAUUACGAGUGUAUCUUUGCACCGUACUUUAGCGAAGAACAUUGGCAGUUGAUGAUACUUUGUCCCAAACAAAAUAAAGUGGUUUGGUUGUGCUCGUUGAGAAAAGAUCCCAACACAGAGUUGGUAAACAAGAUUAACAGUGUAUUUCGUACGUACUUCAUGGUUAAGGGAAAACGUAACAUGAAGCCUAAAUGGGUUCCACUUAAGUGUCGAAAACAUUUGGGAAAUACAGAAUGUGGAUAUUUUGUUAUGAGGUAUAUGCUCGAGAUUAUAUCACUUGACAUUAUCGACUCGUUCGAAGAGGCUUUCAACAUUGAUGAGCCAUACUCGGGCGAGGACAUUGAAAAUAUAAAAAUGCGGUGGUCGAAGUACUUUCUUGAGGUUACUUCAUUAGGAAAAUAUACUUAUCAGUUUGCUUACGUUUUAUGGAAUCUGAACUUUAUAACUGUGGUUGAUGACUAUUUGAUGGCUUCGAAUAGCUACCAAUGGCCGGUUGAGAGAACUAUGCUUGGGAGGGUCGCGGUGACUAAUGAGAUGGACUCAGCGUCAUCUAUUGCGGCUAAUGUAGUAGCAUUGUUGAUGAAUAACUUGCAAGGAAUAAAGGCUGAGAGCGUAGGAGUUAGAGAACCGGUCGAGGACGUGAAUUAUGUGAAUAAUCAGAAUUUUGGAAAUUUUCGAGGGCCUCAAGAGGGCAACACUUAUUAUUACCAAGGCAACCGGAAUCAAUCCAAUCUCUCGUAUGCAAAUCCGAAUAAUGCUCUACAGCAACUCACGGGAUUUUCGGUGACUAAUGGGGCCAUCAACGUGAGGUAUCCAGCUUUGUGUGCUCAAACCCUGACACGACAAGGAUUAGCUCCAAAUGUCCAUAUGUUGUCUGCCCUUAUAAACAAAACUCUAUCCGAAUCCAAGCUGCCCAAUUCUAAUUUUGAGGCGCUUAGUUCCCAUUUUAUCUCUCCUGAAGCACAACAAGCCCGGUUGGCCAUCGACGACUGCCACGAUCUCAUGGGCAUGUCGGUGAGAAGACUGAACCAGGCCGUGCAAGCACUAGAGACAACAAAAUCACCGGAGAAACACAAAGAAGACAUCCAGACAUGGCUGAGCGCCGCCAUAACAUUCCAGCAGGCCUGCAAGGAUUCAGUCGAGGGACACGUGGCAUCAACGGCCGAGAUUCACAGGAAAAUGGACCAUCUUUCGGAGCUCGUCAGCAACCCGUUGGCCCUCACAAACCGGAUCACAAAAGACCCGACUGCAAAAUUAUUUCCCAAGGGUCGCGGUCUUGUUGACUCAAACAGCUUCCCAGGUUGGGUCUCUGGGCCCGUCCGGAAACUGCUGCAGUCAACCGAAAUAAGAGCAAAUGCUGUGGUGGCUAAGGAUGGGAGCGGAGACUACACUACGGUGACGGAGGCUAUACGGGCUGCGUUUGGGGCCCGGUUUGUGAUAUAUGUGAAAUCCGGGACGUAUAACGAGAGGAUCAACAGUAAUAAGGAUGGGAUUAUGUUGAUUGGCGAUGGGAAAUACUCGACGAUUAUUACUGGGAGUGGGAGUGUGGCCAAAGGCUCCACUCUUCGGGGGUCUGCAACUUUCACAAUCACUGGCGACGGGUUCAUCGCCCGCGAUAUCGGGUUCUCGAACACGGCCGGGCUACACGGGGAGCAAGCAGUGGCCCUGACUGUUUCCUCCGACCGCUCAGUAAUGUACCGCUGCAGCAUCGCCGGGUACCAAGACACCCUCUACGCCCUCUCCCUCCGCCAGUUCUACCGCGACUGCGACAUCUACGGCACAAUCGACUUCAUCUUCGGUAACGCGGCUGCCGUCCUCCAGAGCUGCAGCAUCGUCCUCCGCCAGCCCCGUCCCGGUGGGGCCUACAACGUCGUCCUCGCCAGCGGCCGCACAGACCCUGGCCAGAACACGGGCUUCGCAGUCCACAACUCCCGCAUCUCCGGCUCUGGAGGCUCGUUCCUCGGACGCCCGUGGAAGCAGUACGCGCGUGUUGUCGUCAUGCAAACGAACAUCGAUGCUUCCAUCUCCGGCCCAGGCUGGGUCCAGUGGCCAGGGGCCGACGCCUCCACGUACCGGACGUUGUAUUUUGCCGAGUAUGAGAAUAUGGGACCCGGGGCCAGGCUUUUUGGGCGGGUGGGGUGGCCCGGCUUCAGGGUUAUUGGGCCGGCCGAGGCGGAAAAGUUUACGGUGGCAAAUUUUAUUGGAGGGAAUUCGUGGCUGCCGUCCACAGGGGUGACUUUUGUUUCCGGGCUGUGA